AUGGAUCCCGGGUGCGGAUCCCGGGUGCGGAUCCCGGGUGCGGAUCCCGGGUGCGGAUCCCGGGUGCGGAUCCCGGGUGCGGAUCCCGGGUGCGGAUCCCGGGUGCGGAUCCCGGGUGCGGAUCCCGGGUGCGGAUCCCGGGUGCGGAUCCCGGGUGCGGAUCCCGGGUGCGGAUCCCGGGUGCGGAUCCCGGGUGCGGAUCCCGGUGUGUGGCUGGAUCCCGGGUGCGGAUCCCAGUGUGUGGGUGGAUCCUGGGGGCGGAUCCCGGGGGCAGAUCCCUGGGAUGUGGGUGGAUCCCGGGUGUGGAUCCUGGUGUGUGGAUCCCGGGUGUGUGGAUGGAUCCCGGGUGCGGAUCCCAGUGUGUGGAUGGAUCCUGGGUGCGGAUCCCGGGUGCAGAUCCCUGGGAUGUGGACGGAUCCUGGCUGCGGAUCCCGGUGUGUGGAUGGAUCCCGGGUGCAGAUCCCGGUGUGUGGAUGGAUCCCGGGUGCAGAUCCCGGUGUGUGGAUGGAUCCCGGUUGCGGAUCCCGGGUGUGGAUCCCAGUGUGUGGAUGGAUCCCAGGCGCAGAUCCCGGUGUGUGGGUGGAUCCCGGGUGCAGAUUCCGGGUCCAGAUCCCAGUGUGUGGAUGGAUCCUGGGUGCGGAUCCCGGCCGCGGAUCCCGGCUGCGGAUCCCGGUGUGUGGCCGGAUCCCGGGGAGCUUUGGGGAGAAGACCUACGAGUGGAGCUCGGAGGAGGAGGAGUCCGUGAGGAAGGCAGGGCCGGUGCAGGUCCUCAUCGUCAAGGACGACCACUCCUUCGAGCUGGACGAGGUCGCGGUGCUGCUCAUGGACACGCAGGGGACCUUCGACAGCCAGUCCACCCUGCGCGACUCGGCCACCGUGUUCGCCCUCAGCACCAUGAUCAGCUCGAUACAGGUCUAUAACUUGUCGCAGAACGUGCAGGAAGACGACCUGCAGCACCUCCAGCUCUUCACCGAGUACGGCCGGCUGGCCAUGGAGGAGACGAGCCUGAAACCCUUCCAGUCCCUCAUAUUCCUCGUGCGCGACUGGAGCUUCCCCUACGAGUUCUCCUACGGCUCGGACGGCGGCGCCCGCUUCCUGGAGAAGCGGCUCAAGGUGGAGAUCGACGACGAGUUCAUCAAGAACCUCAAGGUUUUGAUUCCCUGGCUGCUCCGGCCCGAGAGCCUGGACGUCAAGGAGAUCAACGGGAACCACAUCACGUGCCGAGGCCUCGUGGAGUACUUCAAGGCCUACAUCAAGAUCUACCAGGGCGAGGAGCUGCCGCACCCCAAGUCCAUGCUGCAGGUACGGGGGGCCCGGCCGGGCGGCGACGCCAGCAGCUACCUGCAGCAGCUGGAGGCCGAGAUCGACGAGCUCUACAUCCAGUACAUCAAGCACAACGACAGCAAGAACAUCUUCCACGCCGCCCGCACGCCUGCCACCCUCUUCGUGGUCAUCUUCAUCACCUACGUGAUCGCCGGCGUGACGGGCUUCGUCGGCCUGGACAUCAUAGCCAGCCUGUGCAACAUGAUCAUGGGCUUGACGCUGAUCACCCUGUGCACCUGGGCCUAUAUCAGAUACUCUGGGGAGUACAGAGAGCUGGGCGCAGUCAUAGACCAAGUGGCCGCCGCGUUGUGGGACCAGGGAAGCACAAACGAGGUAAGUGACACGUGUGUCCCCCGGCAUGUGACACCCCUGCGCUCCCUUGGGAGCCUCUAA